AACCUAUAUAUAUAAAAGUACAAAUAUUUAUUUUUUCCGACAACACAUUGUAAACAUUUUUGUGUGAAAUUUAAUAAGAUUUCACUUCGCCUUACACAAUAUUCAUAAUAAAUUUAUAGUAACAACCUAUCAAAUGACAAACUUAUUCUAUUAUCAAAAACGCUGCCUCUCUGUGGGCACUCCCCUUUACCUACAAAAGCCUUCUCACUCUUUGCGCGCGCGCACUCUCUUGGACCGUAAACAUUCGCGGCCAGUGCUCACCCGGCCUCCGCGGACGCCGCUCGCGUCGUGUACCAGUGUACGUGUACCGUGUACCGCGUCCCGUGUACCAGUACCGUUGUUCGGAGUGUUGUGACUGUGGGAAACGUGGAUGCUUUUCAAUGAGUUUUGGCAACGUAUGUCGUCUUAAGUUAUAGAACCUUGGUAAAUGGUGUAACUUGUUUGCUGUCUUGGGUGCAAUUUAGAUUCUUAUUGUGACACGAAACCGUAGCUGUAUAUGCUAUGAGUUAAAAAUGCGUAGAAACUAGGACUUAAAGCAAGCAAGCAUCCAAAACUAAUCAAUUGCUAGUCCGUAACCAAAACCAAACAUCCAAGGUUUUAAGCAAGACACCACUAGAACUUAACUAGCUAUCGGAAAUAAGGACUUAGUUAACAGUGGAAACACACCAAAAUUGUACUCUGACACACACGGUGUAACUAGUGACAGUGAACAGCGCGUAACGUGCGGCGCUCCGCAGUGAACAGUGAAACAAGUAACAGUGAACAGCACAUGCGGCACUCUACAGUGAAACCAGUGACAGUGGGCGCGUGAAGUGAACAGUGAAAGUGACAGUGAAACUGAGAUGACGUGACAACGCCACGAUGUACCGGCCCAACUUCUACGAAAGCACCUGUUUCCGGUGCAACGAGAUCGUAUACCAAGUGGACCGAGUUGGUCCGCUCAAGGACUUCACGUUCUUUCACAGUGGCUGCUUCAAAUGUGCAGUGUGCAGGACGAAGCUUACGUUGAAGACAUACUUCAACAACCAGCACUAUACAGAGGACAAGGAAGUAUACUGCUCCUCGCACGUGCCCAAGAUCGGUCCAGGGCACCUGGACAACUCGUCGGUCGGCAUCCGCAGCGCGCUCAACGUGCCGCGCAGCAACAACUACGUCAACGAGCAGAUAAGAGGACUCGCCAGGAACGUUGACAAUGAACUAUCCCCCACACGCGCGACAAACGGCGGCAGCGUGCACGCGUCGCCUGCGCGGGAGUUGCGAGACACGCCCGACUACCAGUAUGGCCGGUUUGACGCCAGCGCGCUGCACAUCGCGCAUGCGCUCAAGCAGACCGAGCUGCAGAAGGCGUACCAUCGCCCGAAAGAGAAACCCAUCGACUGCUACUUGGAUCGAGAUGAACAAACUAAGCUGGAGAUGAAACACCGCCAGGAAGAAGAUGACUUGUACAGAAAAUUCUCGAAACACCGCGAAGAAGAGAACAGAAGAAUACGAGAUGAAAUACAGGAUGAAUGGGAACGAGAACUCGAGAGACUCACGAACAGGUUCCAACAAGAGAUGCAAGUCAAGAAGAGACGACCGGACGCCGAGAUCGGAGCAUUGACGCUGCGGCACCAACAGGAGAGGGCGGAUCUCGAGAAGAACAUGACGCUGAGAAGGGAUAAGAAGAAGGAGAGCUUGACAAGGAAAAUGUUGGAACAUGAAAGGGCAGCGACAGCAGCGCUAGUCGAGAAGCAAAGCCACGAGAUGAUGGAGCUCAUCCAAGAACGCCGUUCAGAAUACGCGGCGGCCUCGUCUCUGUACGUGGACGGCGAAGAGGCGCCUCCUUACCCGGCGCGCGCGCCGCCGCCGCAGCCGCCGCUCGUCUCCAAGUUCCACAUCUACACGGACCCCGUGGAGUUCGCUGACGUUGAUAAGAUCGCUAUUUCGGUUGCGCAAGAAGACCAAAAAACCUUCACAGACCUGGUCCGGCAGCUGGUCGGCCGCUGCGCCACCGACGUGGAGAAGGCGCGGACUAUCUUCCGUUGGAUAACUGUGAAGAACCUAAACAACAUACAGUUUGACGAAAACUUGAGAGGGGAUUCGCCGCUCGGUCUACUGCGGGGUAUCAAGCACGGGACUGAGAGUUACCAUGUGCUGUUUAAAAGACUGUGCAGCUACGCCGGCCUCCACUGCGUGGUGAUCAAGGGCUACAGCAAAUCCGCAGGCUACCAGCCGGGCGUCCGGUUCGAAGACAACCGGUUCCGUAAUUCCUGGAACGCGGUAUACGUGGCGGGAGCCUGGCGGUUCGUGCAGUGCAACUGGGGCGCCAGGCAUCUCGUCAAUGCCAAAGACGCGCCUAAGCCCGGCAAUAGGGGAAAGAGUGAUAGUUUAAGAUACGAAUACGACGACCACUACUUCCUGACGGACCCGCGCGAGUUCAUCUACGAGUUCUACCCGCUGCAGCCCGACUGGCAGCUGCUCAAGACGCCCAUAACGCUUCACGAUUUCGAAGAGCUGCCGUUCGUGCGCUCGCUAUUCUUCCGCUACGGACUGUACUUUAGUGACCCCAACACUAAAGCUGUCAUGUACACUGACUCCACUGGUGCGGCGACUAUGCGCAUAGCCAUGCCGGCACACAUGCAGAGCUCGCUCAUCUUCCACUACAACCUCAAGUUCUACGACACCGAGGGCGACGGCUUCGACGGCGUCAGCCUCAAGAGAUUCGUCAUGCAGUCAGUGGUCGGCAACGUAGUAUCGUUCCGGGUGCACGCGCCGUGCUCGGGCGCCUUCCUGCUCGACAUAUUCGCAAACGCCGUCACGCCGAGAGAGUAUCUCACCGGCGAGCCUAUGAAAUUUAAGAGCGUCUGCAAAUUCAAGAUCUGCUGUGCAGAGCUGCAGACAGUGAUGGUUCCUCUACCAGACUGCGCCAGCGGCGAGUGGGGACCGACGAAAGCCACCAGACUAUUCGGCCUUGUACCAAUCACCCACCAGGAGGCGCUAGUGUUCGCUGGGCGCGAGCUAGAGCUCCAGUUCCGCAUGUCGCGGCCGCUCGCCGACUUCAUGGCGACGCUGCACAAGAACGGCGUCGACGAGAAGCGGCUCAGCAAGUACGUGCAGCAGAACGUGCAGGACGACGUCGUCUCCUUCUAUAUCACGUUCCCGGAGGAAGGUCAAUACGGUUUAGACAUCUACACCCGCGAACGUGGCGGGCCUACUGCUAUACAUCAGAACGGCUCCGUCGAGAAAGAGAAGCACCUCCUCACGCACUGCUGCAAAUACCUCAUCAACAGCAGUAAACGAAACUAGCCAAUAUCAACUUAAAUUCAAUGGAGUAAAGUCCUGUUUCGAGCAUAUACUUGAGUACGAAAGAAGGCACAAAGCAAUAUAAGCUUUAAAGCACAGAAGUAAGGUUGUGUUUUGGUUGUUGAAUAUUUUACAAUUUGAUUGAAACACGAAUUCAGCGUGAUGCAUAUUCUAAGUAUGAAGGUAGUUAACACAUUCACUGCCAGACAAAAAACGGCGCACUACCCCAGAAACCGGUGGUCUAUAGCUGCGUACAAAACAAUCCGCCCAGCGGGUUGUCCGGCAUCUGAACAAAGUUCACAAGCGCCCACCAGGUGGGUUCCCGGCAGUGAAUGUGUUAAAGUACUAACUCGUUUGUUUUUUAAACGAAAGUAAAGAGAACGUCGGUAAUAUUAAAAAAAAACACAUGCACAUGAGAUAGCAGUAACAUUUGAGAUUUCUUUAUAACAAGGCCCAAACUGUAUGCUGUAUGAUAAAUGCAAUAAGAUCGAUUUUUCGACAACUUCCAAACAUUAUUUUAGAAGUAAAUAUUAAAUUAUGUAAACAUAAGCUGCUAGAAUAAAUCUUGUGUUUGUUGAAUGCUGGUCUUUUAAAUUGUUGUAAUAUAAAUUUGAAAGAGUAAUGUAUGAAUGUCGUAUUCAGUUUAAUUGCUUAUUUGUAAGUACGCGAAAAUUAUUUAGUUGUGUGUAACUAAUGAUUAAAAAUAAUAAAAGAUAACGCGAAUAAGGAUGAGAAACGAGUAUGUGUUAAAUGAAAACGAAGAUUUAUUGUCUUUUUUAUUUACUUUGAAUGUUUUAUAAAAGUUAUACCCAAAUGUAGAUAAUUAUAAUAAGGAAUUAUCCGUCCAUGAAAUUUAUAAAAAAAUUAUAUUAUGCUAACAUUCUAUGUCAAUUGAAAUUUAUAUGAAUUUAUACAUCAAUUUUAAGUAAUAGAGGUUGUGCUGAAGCAAUUUAAUUGCUUUUUACAUACAUUAUUUUAUAAGAAAAAUAUUAUUUUGUAUAAAUUUAAGUACAGUAUUCUAAGAUUUCGAUCUAAAGUUAUUAUUAUAUCAUCACAUAUAUUUAUCAUUCUGUAGACAUGAACACCAGAUACUUUACACAUAAUUUUGUUUUAAUGUAAGUUGACACCACGAUACUUAAUAUCUGCAAAGACGCUAUCCUCCUAAGGCCCGGCCAUACAAACGAAAAAUUCAAAAUUUGCCACUGAAAUUUUAAACUAUAAUGCAAAGAAUAGAGUUGAUUUUGUAUUGAGUGAAAAUUGAACGAACAACUCUGCAACUCAAAAAUGCAACUCGGUUCCAAUUGAAUAUGAUUUGAAUUUCUUUGAACUGAAUAAGGGAGCCUUGGGCUUUAGGAGACUAUACCAAUAUAGGAACUUAUUUAUUUUACACUAAUAUAUUAAAAUUAUAUUGAACAACACAGAAUUCCUCAUUUGACUUAAGGUUGAAUUUGAUUUACCUGCUUGUGAGACAUAUUUACUAUGUUUAUACGUUUAUUCAUAGUUCCAAAUAUACUUUUUGAAACGCAUUGUUAAUAUUUUUAUGACCGCGAUGUCAACAUACUUUAAAACGAUCACCGCAUACGCUUAACUCCGAACUCUGAAUAGAUUGCUUUAUUUUAUUACUAUCAUAUUUAAUUUCAAUUUCACUAAGCACAAUGAAAUGGAGCAAUGUAUUUAUCAUACAUAGAGUAGAUACAACCAGUAUGAGAUAUUGUAACAUUAGAUAUUUACCUAUUUAAGAAAUGGCAAUAAUGUAAAUUUUAUAAAAUAUAUGGCAUGUUACUUUUCUAAA